AUGCCCCAAGUACAAUCAAACUUUGAUAUAACAGUGAACCCGCUCUGUAGUCAAAGGCCCAGAGGAAACGAAGUGAGGUUGGAGAAUUAUAAUGUUGAAGAAUAUAUCCAGCAUAAUAAAAAUAAAAUCUUAAUUCAAGAAUACAAUCAAUCUGAUGAUUUGAAGAAACAUAAUCGAAUACAUACUGGUGAAACGCCAUAUUCUUGUAAAUUAUGUGGUAAGAGCUUCAAUCAAUCAGGUGCAUUGAAGAUACACAACAGAAUACACACUGGUGAAAAGCUAUGUGGUAAUAGCUUCAAACAAUCAGGUGCAUUGAAUAAACUCAAUAAAAUACAUGCUGGUGAAAAGCCGUAUACCUGUAAAGUAUGUGGAAAGAGCUUCAAUCAAUCAAGUGCGUUGAAGAUACACAAUAGAAUACACACUGGUGAAAAGCCAUAUUCUUGUAAAGUAUGUGGUAAGAGCUUCAAUCAAUCAGGUGUAUUGAGGAGCCACAAUAGAAUACACACUGGUGAAAAGCCAUAUUCUUGUAAGGAAUGUGGUAAAAACUUCAAUAAAUCAGGUGAUUUGAAGAUGCACACUAGAUUACACACUGGUGAAAAGCCAUAUUCUUGUAAUGAGUGUGGUAAGAGCUUCAAUCAAUCAGGUUCAUUGAAGAAACACAAUAGGAUACAUACUGGUGAAAAGCCAUUUUCUUGUAACGAAUGUGGUAAGAGCUUCACCCAAUCAGCUGAAUUGAAGAUGCACAAUAAAAUACACACUGGUGAAAAGCCAUAUUCUUGUAAUCAAUGUGGUAAGAGCUUCAAUCAAUCAGGAGCAUUGACGAAACACCAUAGAAUACAUACUGGGGAGAAGCCAUAUUCUUGCAAUGAAUGUGGUAAGAGGUUCAAUCAAACAUGUAUAUUGAAGAGACACAGUAGAAUACAUACUGGUGAAAAGCCUUAUUCUUGUAAAGUUUGUGGUAAGAGCUUCUCUCGAUCAGGUCCUUUAAAGAGACACAAUAGUAUGCAUACUUGUUAAUAGCCAUAUUCUUGUAAUAGACCUCUAUUGAAGAGCCUUAAUAGAAAACACACUGGUGUAAAACUAUAUUCUUGUAAUGUAUGUGGUAAGAGCUUCACUAAAUCAGGUGAUUUGAAGAUGCACAAUAGAAUACACACUGAUGAAAAGCCAUAUCCUUGUGAUUAAUGUGGCAAGAGCUUCAAAUAACCUGGUGAUUUGAAAAAACAAUAGAAUAUAUAUGGUUAACGUAUAAGUUGCAUGUGGUAUGAAAUUUAAUAUCUUAAAAUAUUAUUAUAGGAUACAUUUCUAAAUUUUGCUAAUGAAUAUUGUUAUACUCAUUUGAAUGCUAUUGUAACUUUUGUACUUCAUCCUGACUUGCACUAAAUAACUUAUAAAGUUUUACAGUGAAUAAUGCUAUUUUGACUUUGACAUAUAGAUAAAUCUUGUUGGGCUAUUUGUGUCCGUAAUGGAGGAUAUUUUCUGAUGCCGUCUGUUUCGUCGAAAAUUGUAGAGAGAAUUGUUUGUUUACUGUAGAGGUUUUGUCCUAACAAUUAAAUAUUACUCAGCUUUAUCAUAGCUGCCGUGCUUGUAUAGUUAUGUUAUUGAGUUACAAUUUGUAAUUACGUUAAUUUUAUGAUUCUUGUAUUUUAUUUGUGUAAAUAGUAAGUACGAAGUGCACAGCAACUUAUUUUUUUUUUAAUAACUGUCGAUAUGUUUCGUAUACUUAGAAUAUAAGGUAGAGUAUGAGUUAUAUUAUAGUUACAUAUAUAUAGUUUACAAGGUAGAAGAAAACUUUAUAUGUAUGAAAUAAAUUGUUACAUAACAAAAUAUUUGAAUAAAAUAAAGAGUCUUUAUAUCUCUUAUUAUUCCAAACGAAUAUUAUUAAUAUUUUCUUAAUUUGCCUCAUUUAGGUGACGAUCAAGAUAAACUACAAUAGUUCAUCGAACAAUUAAUUCAGUUGUUAUUUGUCGAUUUUUAUUGGUGAUCUCAAAACAUAUUAAUAAAAGACAUUUAUUUCCUCAAAAUUUAUUCCUUUUUGACUAGUCCUCAGUAACCUCAGCAGGUUACCAACAUUUUUCCUAGUUUAAUUUAUAAAAUAUGAAGUAGUUUUGUGUCAAGCUCUUACAUUUCAUGUAUCAAGGCUAUCAGCUCGUCCAUCCUAACAGCCCCUUCCUCUCAGGUCUGAGGUAGACUAUUUUUACUCUUUCUUGGUUUAAGCAUUAAGAUUGCGAUAGUUGUACCUACAAUAUCAAUAAUUAUUACCUGUUUUCCCGUUAAAUAGGGUAAAAAUUUAGUAAUGGCAAUAUUAAUUUCCUAUUGAUAUAAAUUUCAUAAAGUAAAUACAGAUAAUAUUAUGUCAGACUAUCGCAUACGGUAUACGCUGAUGACUCGUCUAUAGAAUCCAUAGUCUAAGUAUUUUUGCCAAUUCACAGAUAAGUUGGUAUUACUAUAUGUCAAAUCGGACAAAGGGCGGGAAACUUAAGAUCGGUCGCACGUAAUUUUGAUAAUUUUUCAUUUUAUUUUUAAAUUUCAUGUAAAUAUUUAGAUAUUUUGAUCAGAUAAGUUGUAGUUUGUAUAUAUUUUAGUAGUUAGUUUGUAUUAAAGUGUAAAUUUGUUUAUUUGUGUAAAUUAAAUCCUAUUGGUAA